AUGUCCAGCGCGGUCGCUCUGGGCGCAUGGAGAGACAGGACUAAUCUCUUCAUAUCAUAUCGUCAAAGCUACACCCACCAUCCAGCAAAGCGCACGCGAUUCACCGGUCCCAGCAAUGGCCGCUUUACAGAUGAGCCCACCGACUCGGAGCGGGCGGGGCUCAUGUCGAACGUCGAGGCUGAUGGCGAUGCGGUAAUAGAGAUGGAUGUGCUGCCUCCACGGUGGCUGGAUAUCCAGGACGAGAUUGAUCAACACUUGGCGGAUAUUGCAAGCAAGAUGAAGAAGCUGGACCAGAUGCAUGCGAAACACGUGUUACCUGGCUUCGACGACGAAAGUGUAAAGGCCAGGGAAGAGAGGGAGAUUGAGGCACUGACACAGGACAUCACCAAGAGCUUUACUAUGUGCCAAAAGGCUAUACGAAGGAUCGAUCAUUUGGUACGAGAACAGCAGCAGCAUAGCGGUGGGAAUAUAUCGCAGGCGGACGAGACCAUGGCGAGGAAUUUGAAGAUGAGCUUGGCAUCAAGGGUGGGAGACGUGAGCACGUUGUUCAGGAAGAAGCAGUCCGCAUACAUGAAAAAGCUGCGACAGUUAGGAGGCAUGUCGAGCCCGCUUGACCGGUCUGGCACGCCAAUGGCGCAGAACCCAUACACGGACCCGGCCAUGAUGGAUUCAGAAACCGAUCGUUCAUCCGCCCAAUCCACGCUCCUGCAGACCGCGCAAGUACGACAACGGCAAAGGGGUGUCAUGGAUUCUGCAAUCGAGCAACGAGAACGAGAGAUUGAGAAGAUUGCACAAGGUGUCAUCGAUCUGUCCAAUAUGUUCCAGGAACUGCAGACCAUGGUGAUCGAUCAGGGCACAGUACUGGACCGAAUCGACUACAACGUUGAACGAACACACGAGCACGUCAAGGAAGCCGACAAGGAGCUCAAAGUUGCCACUGGUUACCAACGCAGAAGCACGAAGCGCAAGAUACUAUUCUUGCUAUUCUUGAUCGUCAUUGGCAUGUUCAUUCUUCUAUUGGUGAAGCCGAAGCGAAGCAGCCAGCCAGCUCCAGCCCAACCGCCUGUAGAGGCGCCCAUCCCAAACGAUCCAGGGGCAGCUCUACCACCACAGCUUAGGAAAACACUCAACUUGCCAGAUGCAGCUCCUCGCGAAGGAAUGGAAAGGAGGCAUGUCGAAUGGAAGAAAAGACGGAGGCGAGCAAAUACCCCGUGUGCGAUGUCGUAG